UUUCUCUCCGCCCUUCCAACGGCUGCCCGGCCGCCAGCAACAGCUUAGAAAGGAGGAGCCGUGGCGCUGGGAGGAGCGAGCUCGGGUGCGAUCGGGUGGCCUUGCUGAGGCUGGACGAGCAAUCGGGCUAGCUGAGGAGAGCGAGCGAGACGGUUUCUGGAGGAGCAGCAGCCGCAGCCAUGCCGAAACAUGAGUUCUUCGUGGAUAUGACCUGUGAAGGAUGCCUCAAUGCUGUUAGCCGUGUUCUCAACAAAUUGGGAGGUGUUCAGUUUGAAAUUGACCUACCCAACAAGAAAGUGAGCAUUGAUUCUACGCACAGUGUGGAUACAUUGUUGGAGACUCUGAAGAAAACUGGGAAAAAUACCUCCUAUCUCGGAGAGAAAUAAACAUUCAGAGAAAUGUUGUUGAUUGGGCUUUUUUGCUUUAAGAAAGCAACGCUUUUAACAUGGCUUCAAUAAGGCGGCAGUUACUUCUACUUCCGUCCAUCCUGUUCCUUUCACUGCAGUUGCCUGGCCAGAUGUUGGAAAAGAGAGAAAGGGUGGGAAGAAAACAACUUUCCUUGGGGAAAAGGACUAAGAGAAAAUGUGACCCCAGAUGGCCCAAGUCUCCUUCCAUAAAUGCAACGCUUAUGCAUUCUUCUUUUAUGAUCUUGUAAUAAACUAAGGAGCUGUUCCUCAUGUAAUA